UUUUUAUGUGCAUGUUAAAGAGAGACUGAGGGUGGAGAGAGGUGGAGAGGAAGAGAGCAAGACAGAGAGAGAGAGUGAGAGAAGUGUAUUGGGCCUCUACCCUGACAAACAAGCAGAAGCAAGGCACAACAACCCAACUAGCUUUUGGCAAGGCAUGCUCACUGAGUAGCCUCUCUCUUCUUUCUCUCUCUCUAUCUCUCUCUUUCUCUCUCUCUCUCGACACCACCUAUUCAGGAGGAAGGAAGCAAAGAGAGACGCACACACACACUCAGCCGGAGAGAGAGAGAGACAACAAGAGAAGGCAGCCUGCCCCAACGGAAAAACAGACACAUACAGAGAGAGAGAGAGAGAGAGAGAGAGAGAGGGAGAAAAGGAGAGCAGAGGUACCCACCCGGCUGCAAGAAGGAGUAGAGGAAGGAAGAAGAGAGAGGAAGAUAAAUCGUAUCUUUCUGGGAGGGGAUUUUGGUGGAAUGUCCUUGUCAUGAUGUCAUCACAGUGUCGCACCCCACGCCCAGGUGACCAGGGAGGGCGUGUCUGGCUGUCAGCCAAUCACAGAGGGAGUCCCAGUAGAGUUAUUUCCCGUUGCUGUUCAGAAGCAUUUCCUCUCAGGAGUCUCCCACGUUACUGACACUCCGCAUAUUUGUUAUAGUUCCUGUGCACACCUCCACCUCUGGAGUCCUCACAAGACCAAUUCCUAUUUACCAUCUGGGGAUGCUGGUGCCAUCCCAUGGCAGUUGCCAUGGAGACAGAGGGAUUCCUGUAGCAGGCCUUUUUGGACACAACUUCCAGAUGUUGUGCCAAAUGUGGAGUGGCCAGACCGGCAGAAUUAGACAAGGACGGGCACAGAGGUGCUGUGCCACUCAGCUUCCUGACUCACACUGUAUGAAAACAUCACUGUAGGGCCAUUAGAGGGACAAUAGGAUUUCCUAUUCCGCUGGAACGUCUUGCUCUGCGUCCUGGCACUUUCGAGGACCUACUCUAGGACCCUGUUGCACAGAAGUUAGUUAGACUGUUUUGCUCCAACUGAUAGAAACCAUGCGGCACAUUCAUGUGGAGUUAGCCCGCAAAGAGGCUCCGCUAGAGCUUCCAGCCCAAGAGGGGGACCUGCCUCCUCCUACAGCCCCUACACAGGGCCUCGACCCUGGUGUCAGACCAGGGGCCCCCAGGCCCUUUGGCCAGGAGGAGUUGCGGCUUCAAAAAGUCUAUCAGCUCUCCAUCUUCUCUCAGUUGGGGGGUUUCUCUACCUCCACUGACCCCCACACUGAAGCCCAACCGAGGCCUGUCCGGAUGGGUGUGAAGAGGGGGCUAGAGGAACCCCAGUUGACUCACAAGCGCCCCCACCUGGGGGACUCCUCAGACAAGGAGGUGCUGGAGGGAGGGGUGUUAUGUGGGCCAGGCCCUGCACCAGGAGUUGGGGUGGGGUCAGGGCCAGGCCCUGGUGGACCAGGUCCUGUAUACUCUUGCACUCUGAUGGAGCACAGAGACUCUGAAGGAGGGCUGUCACCCAGGUCUCCACCCCUCUCCCCUAGCCACACUCCAUCCCGACGCCCCACCCAGUAUAACCAUGACAGGCCCAUUCCUGAUGUGUUUGCACCACUCUCUCCCAAAUCAUCCCCACUGUGUGACCCACAUGGGCAUCCCUGUGACCAGAGCCACUCUGUGGGCACAUCACCCAGGAUUGAGCCAUCCAAUGGGGGGCGCACACCCACCCACUCACUAGGCAGCCCUGGUCAUGAGAGCUGUGGUAAUGGCUCAUCUGCCGGUCAGCCUGGCUCUUACACCUAUGAGACGUCCACAUAUGAGAGUCCCAGCCCUGCCAGCCCCACCAGCCCCCCGGGCCCUUUCUCCCCCCCACACCACUCAGAGCUGCAGGAGCCAGGAGAGGCCACCGAAUGGGGAGCUGGGCUAGAAUCCUCUCCUCCUGAGCGAAGUGCCACACAGGUUGCAUCCUCCUCCAACGGGUUGGCCUCCUGGGAGAAGACCCCCAGCAGUAAUGGCCACCGCUCAUCUUUUGGAGGCCACUGCCCAGCCAAAAAGAAGCUGCUCUCCCCAAGCGAUACUGGGGAGUCUUGUUCAGAGGACGAGGGACCUUCCACCUCCAAGAGGAGCCGGCUGGCAUUGCUGGCCCCAGGACUGGGCCUGGCGUCCUGUCGCAGCACUGACGCUAAGGCUGCCCCUUAUUGGAACCACCUGCUGCCCUCAGCACGGGACCGGCCUAAGUGUGCUGCAGACUGUGGCAGAUCAGGGAGGAGGCUAAAAAAUGGGCUGCGGUUAAAAAGCCGCCAGCUGCGCAGUGGGAGGCACACAGACACCAGCCGCUCCACGCGGUCCAGCUGGCCCUCAUCUUCCAUCAGCAGGUCACUGCUGGGCAAUUUUGAGGAGUCCAUCCUGAAAGGCCGUUUCUCCCCGUCGGGCCGGAUCGAGGGCUUCACAGCAGAGAUCGGUGCCAGUGGCUCCUACUGCCCGCAGCACGCCACCCUGCCUGUGCAGGUUACCUACUACGACAUCUCAGAGCACAGCGCACCCUCACCCUUCCUGGGGGUGAUAUCACUCGAGCCUCUUGGAAAGAAAGGAUACAGCAUACCCAAAGCAGGGACCAUUCAAGUGACCUUAUUUAAUCCCAACAAAACUGUGGUGAAGAUGUUCCUGGUGACCUACAACUUUGGCGACAUGCCCGUCAAUCACAUGACCUUCCUGCGCCACCGUAUCUUCCUGGUGCCCGUGGAGGAGGGCGUGGAGGGGAAGGGCGAGGGGCCUCCAGGGGGCGGAGUAAUAGACAGGAAGAAGAUUCUCUGCUACCUGAUACACCUCAGAUUCCAGAGCUCCAAAUCUGGGAAGAUCUACUUGCACAAUGAUAUCCGGCUGCUAUUCUCCCGCAAAUCCAUCGAAGUGGACACAGGGAUCCCUUAUGAGCUGAAAUCUUUCACCGAGGUGCCAAGAAACCCUAAAUACUCCCCCCGCGUAUAACGCCCUUACUUCACCCUUUGACCCCAAGGCCAACGCAGCCCCUCUCCUCGUUUCCCAGGGAGGAGGGAGGGGCACAGACAGACUGCUAGAAUGAUGGACACAAAACUUGAAAAAAGACUUGACACAUGUCACAUGCACACAAGACACAUGUACACACAUGUUGCAGCGGAAGUCAUUGUGGAAGUUCCACUUUGUGCGUUUGUCCCUCAUACAUUAUACAGUGAAACCAAAUUAGUCUAAUAUAAAAGAAAUCCUUUCAUGUCUCCCAGUCACCAAGUCAGCAGGUCAUUCCUUUCAGCCUCCAAGCUGAAAAGCAACAAAACUUGACUUUUUUUUUUUUUUUUUUUAAAUUUCACUCUCCAAAAAUAUCCCACAUGAGAUGGAAUAUAAGUGCAGCACAGGGACUUUUACAAUGACUUCGUCUGUACCAGCAAAGAAGUGCACAAACAUCGACACACUCACCCAAACGACAACAGACUGACAUGAUUCAUGCACAGCAAACACAUGUGACACAACUGAACACUUCUGGUGGUGAUUCUGUAAGUUCAGUGAUAACAUGCAUGCCUUGUGACUAAAACAACCUGAAUUUUCCUCUAGUGCCGUAUCACACUGUCCUUCACUCUGCCUGCAAACACGCCCACCCCCCCACUCCCGCCCCCCCCAAACCACCACUCACCUCCAGUGCCGGACCAAUCAACGACUCCAGAGCCUGUGAUUCGAUGAACAGCCGCAAACUGUGUGAACACGUUGGAGAACAGUAAGCGUAUACCAGAAUGUGGGGUGAAUAAAGGAAUGGAUUGACUGACCCCCACCCCUCUCCCCCUCCCCACAGUCACACAAACACAACCACACACACACUCUCUGACCAGCGGAGAGGAGACACGCAGAGACACAGGAACACUAGUGAAGCGAGGGCUGGAAGGGAAUCAGUCAUCUUUUGCGGAUGCCUGCUGUUUGAUGCGUCCGACAACGCCCGUCCCGCCCCGCCCCGACUGAGCAAACUCAGGAUAUAUUCUACUGAAACCUACAGAUGAAUAAAUCUCCCUCCUUCCCAUCUCAAAACACCAUGGUACGGAACGCUGCUUAUAAAAAUACCAAGCCAGGAGGGCCAUACCGUGUCAUUAACAGCAGGGGAAUCCAGUUUAUUUUAUGUAGCCAGACUGAGGGACACUGUGCUUUUUCUUUUUUCUUUUUUUUCUUUUUUUUUUU